UUUUUCUUUUUAGGGGGAGUCACCCAACCAGUAAGCUGUCUGUAGUCUGACCGCUGCCCGGUGACGUCAGUGCGCUUUCACCGGCUCGUAAACGCGGCGGUGUGUUUACAGAGCGCCGGACACUUGAAGAUCCGGCUUACAGAGCGCAUGUGGACUGUCAGCUUGUUGGAUUACACCAUGUGGAAGACCUACCAAGCUUGCCUCCAGUAUAGGCGCUCAUAUUUAAGAAGAUGACAGCUUUGGUGUUAAAUCUGAUGAGUUCGGGGACAUCUCUGAAAGCAACAUUAACUGUUUAUACAUCAGAAAUGUCUGCAACUGCAAGUCCAACCAUUCCCUCUUCUCAGAUGACAUCGGAUCAACUCACCGUGGUCGCUGCUUGUUUUUCCUCCCUGGUGUUUUUUGUUGUUAUUCUGGUGCUCCUGUCCAUCAUUUACCGCAAAGAUCCUCAGUGCUGCAGAUUGCGCUCCUAUCAAGGCCCACAUGCUGAUAUGGACGCUCCUCCUCAGUACUACAGCAGCAGACAGACACUGAUGGGAUCACCAUGUUUAGAGCCGACACAUUUUCUAGAUAACAAUGCCGAUGGAAGUCAGCUGUUCUAUGUCGGCCUACCCUCCAGCUACAGUCUGCCCUCUCUGGAGGCCCCCCUGCCCAGGCUUCCCUCCUACGAGAGUGUCCGAAAAAAGGAUCGCCAGAGGCAGAUCCACAUGAUGAUUGCAGACCGCUUUGGCCUCAAUGGGCCUAUUGAGACGGAGCCACCUCCAUCAUAUGAGGAGAGCGUUCGUCAGUCCGUGGUGCUGCCGUACAAUAUCCUCUCAUCAAGUUUGGACGCUUCUCCCACGCUGGGUGAGCACACCAACUCUGCAGCUGAUGUUCAAAGUGAGCCGCCACCUCCUCCGGUCAGCUGUGAGAGCAGCGACAAUGUUCUUCCUGUAUGACACCCACGCUUGAUGAAUGUCAACAACUGGACAAAUGUGGAUUUUAAAACCAUGAAAUGGUUUGGAACUAUUGUGUUGAUUGAAAUACCUCAAGACUGACAUCUGGUUGUCAGGAACUGCGUAACCAAAAAAGAGCUGCACACAUUUUUGUGCAACACA